GCGGCGGAGCGCAGCGGCCUCGGCCCGGCUCGGCUCGCGCCCUGCCGCAGUCCCUCGGCCGCUAGUCGGAGCGAGCGCCAGGGCGGAGACCCCCGGCCGGCCCGCGGCGGCACUUGCUGUACCGCCGGUGGCCCCCGCGGUCGCAGCCCAGCAGCUCCGACUCGCCAGCCGCAGCCUGGGCUGCGCAGCGCGGGAGGGCGUCGCGGUGUCAGGGGACUGAGUCGGAACUUGCAGGGGCCCGCGGCUCUGCUGGCCUGGAGAGUGUGAACAGGAUUGUGGUCUCUUCCAACAUUUACAGUGAUAUGGUGAACCCAAAGACUGGAACCCAAAAGAUUUGCUCAGCUCUUUAGUUGAACAAAAGUCAGUUGUCCAGCAACACCCAUCAUGGCUAAAAGUGCAGAGGUCAAACUGGCACUAUUUGGCAGAGCAGGAGUGGGCAAGUCAGCUCUUGUAGUGAGAUUUCUGACCAAACGCUUCAUCUGGGAAUACGACCCCACCCUCGAAUCAACCUACCGACACCAAGCAACCAUCGAUGAUGAAGUGGUUUCCAUGGAGAUCCUAGAUACUGCUGGUCAGGAAGAUGUCGUUCAGAGGGAAGGACACAUGAGAUGGGGGGAAGGCUUUGUGCUGGUCUAUGACAUUACUGACCGAGGAAGCUUUGAAGAAGUACUGCCACUCAAAAACAUCCUCGAUGAGGUCAAAAAGCCCAAGAAUGUGACUCUCAUCUUGGUUGGUAACAAAGCUGACUUGGACCACUCUAGACAGGUCAGUACAGAAGAAGGGGAGAAGCUGGCCACGGAAUUGGCAUGUGCUUUCUAUGAGUGCUCUGCAUGCACCGGAGAAGGGAAUAUAACCGAGAUAUUCUACGAGUUGUGUCGGGAGGUGCGUCGCCGGAGGAUGGUGCAAGGCAAGACGAGGAGACGCAGCUCCACCACGCACGUCAAGCAAGCCAUCAACAAGAUGCUCACCAAAAUUAGUAGUUAGGCUGCUGUGUGCUUGCCCCAGCCCUGCUUAGGUGGGCCAGGUCAGUGGAAACCCUCUGUUGCCCUUUUCUUUCCUUUUCUUUCC